AUGAGUUCGAAAGAAAGCUGCAGAAGCGAACUUCGCAUCGCAAUUCGGCAACUUAGCGAUCGUGGUCUCAAUUCCGCUUCCAAAUGGGCAUCGGAACAAUUGGUAGGGAUCGAGCAAGAUCCAUCCAAGUUUACUCCGUCCAACACGAGGUUUCAGCGUGGAAGCUCAAGUAUUCGCCGCAAGUACAGAACUCAUGAGAUCACCGCUACGCCCCCUAGCGGUGUUUCCUAUGUUGUUACGCCGGUUAUGGAGGAGGAUGCGCUUGUUGACACUGAUUUUUACCUUUUGGCUAAAUCUUACUUCGAUUGCCGUGAGUAUAAGAGAGCUGCUCAUGUUCUUCGUGAUCAAAUCGGACGCAAAUCCCUCUUCUUGCGAUGCUAUGCUCUCUAUCUGGCGGGAGAAAAGCGAAAAGAGGAAGAGAUGAUAGAACUUGAGGGACCUCUGGAAAGGCAACGAAAAUUUGGCACGGACAGUCCUUGUGGAAUCUUUGAUACCUUGAAUAGUCUUAAUCUUAGUAGUCAUUGGAUGAAGGAAUUUUUUCUUGCCAGUGUAUACCAAGAAUUAAGGAUGCAUAGUGAGUCUCUGUUAAAAUAUGAAUACCUACUCGGAACUUUUGGUUUUAGUAAUUACAUCCAAGCCCAAAUUGCUAAAGUCCAGUACAGUUUGAAAGAAUUUGAUCAAGUUGAAGCUAUAUUUGAAGAACUGCUGAGAAAUGAUCCUUACAGAGUGGAAGACAUGGAUAUGUACUCCAAUGUGCUAUAUUCUAAGGAAUGCUUUUCUGCUUUGAGUUACCUUGCCCAUAGAGUAUUCCUGACUGAUAAAUACAGACCCGAAUCUUGUUGUAUUAUUGGGAAUUAUUACAGUUUAAAGGGACAACAUGAAAAAGCAGUUGUAUAUUUUAAGAGAGCCCUUAAACUGAACAAAAAUUAUCUCUCUGCUUGGACACUUAUGGGUCAUGAGUUUGUAGAGAUGAAAAACACUCCUGCCGCUGUGGAUGCCUAUCGUCGAGCUGUUGAUAUAGACCCGUGUGAUUAUCGUGCUUGGUAUGGACUAGGACAAGCUUAUGAGAUGAUGGGUAUGCCUUUCUAUGCGCUUCAUUACUUCAAAAAAUCUGUUUUCUUGCAGCCAACUGAUUCUCGGUUGUGGAUUGCUAUGGCUCAAUGCUAUGAAACUGAGCAGCUUCGCAUGCUUGAUGACGCAAUAAAGUGUUAUAAAAGGGCAUCAGAAUGUAAUGACAGAGAAGCAAUUGCUUUGCACCAACUAGCAAAGCUGCAUUCAGAGCUGGAACGCCCAGAUGAGGCAGCGUAUUACUACAAAAAGGAUUUAGAGAGGAUGGAAGAUGAAGAGCGUGAUGGACCUAACAUGGUUGAGGCUUUGCUGUAUCUUGCAAGUUAUUAUAAAACGCAGAAAAGAUUUAAAGAGGCAGAGGUUUAUUGUACUCGUCUUCUUGAUUAUACUGGCCCGGAGAAGGAGACAGCAAAAAAUUUACUUAGGGUGAUGCGAACCUCACAAUCUAGUUUCCCUUCAACAGAUGUUGAGCAAUUUCCUCCAUAA